AUGGCGCAGAAGACCGUGAUCCUCUACCCUUCGCUGGGAGUCGGCCAUCUGAACCCCAUGGUGGAGCUGGCCAAGGUCUUCCUCCGCCGUGGCCUAGCCGUCAUCAUCGCCGUCGUCGACAUGCCCGACAAGGACUCCGUGUCGGCCGAGGCGCUGGACCGCCUCGCCGCCGCCAACCCGGACAUCGCGUUCCGCCUCCUCCCUGUCCCGUCCUGCGGCACGAGACCUUACUCUCACCCGGUCAUGCGCGCCAUCGACGUGCUCCGCGUCGCCAACCCCGUGCUCCUGGGCUUCCUGCGCGCGCUCCCCGCUGUCGACGCCAUCGUGCUCGACAUGUUCUGCACGGACGCGCUCGACGUCGCCGCCGAGCUCAACACCCCGGCGUACUUCUUCUUCUCCUCCGCGCUAGCCGACCUCGCCAUCAUGCUCCACAUGCCGUACUACUACCCCACCGCGCCGUCCUCGUUCAAGGACAUGCCCGACACCGUGCUGCACUUCCCUGGCGUGCCACCGAUCCGCGCGCUCGACAUGGGCGCGACGAUGCAGGACCGGGACAGCGACGUCGCCAAGGCACGCCUCUCCCAGUGCGCGCGCAUGCUCGAAGCGAGGGGCAUUCUCGUGAACAGCUUCGACUGGCUGGAGGCACGGGCCCUGGAAGCGCUCAGCCGUGGCCUCUGCACGCCGGGGCGCUCGGCUCCACCAGUCCACUGCAUCGGGCCGCUGGUCCUUCCCGGAAACAGGGGAGGGGCCAGCGAGAGGCACGCGUGUCUGGAAUGGCUGGACGCCCAGCCGGACCAGAGCGUUGUUUUCCUCAGCUUCGGCAGCCUGGGGACGUUCUCAGCGCCGCAGCUGAGAGAGAUAGCGCGUGGGCUGGAGAGCUCCGGGCAGAGGUUCCUGUGGGUCGUUCGGAACCCGCCUGAGCACCGGAGCAACUCCGGCGAGCCGGACCUGGUCCUGGAGCCGUCGUUGCUCCCCGAGGGUUUCUUGGAGCGUACUAGGGAAAGGGGCUUCGUGGUGAAGAACUGGGCGCCGCAGAGCGAGGUGCUGCGGCACCGGUCCAUCGGCGCGUUCGUGACGCAUUGCGGGUGGAACUCGGUGCUAGAGGGCAUCGCGUCUGGCGUGCCGAUGAUCUGCUGGCCGCUAUACGCGGAGCAGAAGAUGAAUAAGGUGCACAUGGUGGAGGAGAUUAAGGUUGGCGUGGUGAUGGAGGGGUACGAGGAGGAGCUGGUAAAGGCGGAGGAGGUGGAAGCAAAGGUGAGGCUGGUCAUGUCCGGCGACGGGGAGGAGCUUAGGCAGAGGCUCUUGACGGCCAAGGAGAUGACUGUAGAGGUUCUCAAGGAAGGUGGCUCAUCUGACGUGGCGUUUGACAAGUUCUUGACGGACUUGAUGAAGAACACCUGUACGGAGAAUAGUGCCUUGUGAGAUGUGCAACGGUUCUCUGUUUUCUGGAUUUUGACUGGCUUUCCCAGAUUGUCCAAAAAAAAAAGCUGGAAGUGAAUGAAUCAUUUUUCCCGCCACGGGUCCGGGGGUGCCCGUGUAUGGGCCUGGACAUGCGCUACAUUAGCGCGGUAGAUUCUCCAAUUGUGGCGACAAAGACUUUUAAACGACUUUCAUAGCAGCACUUUGAUGUGUUGCUAACCUGUCAUUUACAUUUUGCAUAUACGUGGAGGAUGCUACGUGCACAAGGAAAAACAAUCCAGGGUGUACCGUCGUUUUUCUUUUAAGAUCCAUAAUUUCCAGUAUAUGUAUUAGUAAGAAGAAGAGGGUUGGUCCAAUUUAUGAGCGAAAUGGCCCGCCACAAUGUGCCUUUCCCGACAAGGAAACAAUUCUCUGUCGCUUGGCUGAUAAGCUAUGGCUGAGAGUAUUGUUCGCUGAUUUGUUGUGAGAGACAAACACUACUGAAUGGCUGGCAGAUUCGACAGAUAAGCUCAAGGAUCAGAAUCAUUUUACCCACCCCAAGUAUGGGUCCGACAUGUGCUUUUUGUACAUUUAGACAUGCUAUAUCGUCAAUAGAUUCUGCAAUUUUAGCGAUAAAAUUUUAAACGAC